AAAGCCUCAGAUUCUGAAGCUCCAUCUGUGUUCUACUCCAGACUCAUCGAUGUCUGAUUCCCUCCUGAACUGAGGAUCCUGUGAACCAUCCUCAGGGCUCCACUUCUCCAUCGCAUUGCAGCAGCCACACACAUUUACCUCUGGAGACAGGAGCUCCUUGGAAGCUGGGAGGUCACUCGGUGGUCAAGGGGUAGAUGAUUUUAGUUUUCCAGUGCUGCACUGUCUCCCAGGCUGAAUGACGCUGAGGCCAAGCAAAUUCGGGCAGUCUCUGGAUCUUUCUAAUGGAGGUGUCCCAUAACCAUGUUCCAUCAUAGUUCCCUGGCAUAGGCUUGUUGAAAUCGCAGAAAAUGUCAGGGAUUUACUAGUGAUUUACCGACUCCUUCAUGCUUAGUGUUCAGGAAAAUGUAUUCAUGUAAUACUUCUUCAACCAAAGAGGAAAUACCAAUUAGAGCUUUAUAAGUUUCUUUCCCACUUCCUAUUUCGACUAUCAAGCUAUAGCACCACCCAGCUCAGGCCACACACCCACCUUCAGUCCGGAGGCCUGGUUGCUCUCUGCCAGCUUUGUCCUGGCCUGUUUCUGACCUGUGUUCCCUCCGCUGUGCCAGGACAGGCCCCAUGCUGCUCUGGACGGCUGUGCUGCUCUUUGUUCCCUGUGUUGGGAAAACUGCCUGGCUGUACCUCCAAGCCUGGCCAAACCCUGUGUUUGAAGGAGAUGCCCUGACUCUGCGAUGUCAGGGACGGAAGAAUACAUCACUGUCUCAGGUGAAGUUCUACAGAGAUGGAAAAUUCCUUCAUUUCUCUAAGGAAAACCAGACUCUGUCCAUGGGAGCAGCAACAGUACAGAGCCGUGGCCAGUACAGCUGCUCUGGGCAGGUGAUGUAUAUUCCACAGACAUUCACACAAACUUCAGAGACAGUCAUAGUUCAAGUCCAAGAGCUGUUCCCAUCUCCUGUGCUGAGUGCCAUCCCCUCUCCUGAGCCCCGAGUGGGUAGCCUGGUGAUCCUGAGAUGUCAGACAAAGCUACACCCCCUGAGGUCAGCCUCGAGGCUCCUUUUCUCCUUCCACAAGGAUGGCCACACCUUGCAGGACAGGGGCCCUCACCCAGAACUCUGCAUCCCAGGAGUCAAGGAGGGAGACUCUGGGCUUUACUGGUGUGAGGCGGCCCCUGAGGGUGGCCAGGUCCGGAAGCAGAGCCCCCAGCUGGAGGUCAGAGUGCAGGCUCCUGUGUCCCGUCCUGUGCUCACUCUGCACCACGGGCCCGCUGACCCUGCUGUGGGGGACAUGGUGCAACUCCUCUGUGAGACACAGAGGGGCUCCCCUCCGAUCCUGUAUUCCUUCUACCUUGAUGAGAAGAUUGUGGGGAACCACUCAGCUCCCUAUGGUGGAACCGCCUUCCUCCUCUUCCCAGUGAAGUCAGAGCAGGAUGCUGGGAACUACUCCUGCGAGGCUGAGAACAGUGUCUCCAGAGAGAGGAGUGAGCCCAAGAAGCUGUCUCUGAAGGGUUCUCAAGUCUUGUCAACUCCCACCAGCAGCAACUGGCUGGUUCCUUGGCUGCCUGCGAGCCUGCUUGGCCUGAUGGUCAUUGCUGCUGCACUUCUGGUUUAUUUGAGACCCUGGAGAAAAGCUGGGCCCCUUCCAUCCCAGAUACCACCCACAGCUCCAGGUGGAGAGCAGUGCCCACUCUAUGCCAAUGCCAGGCCUGCUGAGUUCACCGCGGCGAGAAAGGACACUUCUAUCAUCUAUGCAGAGGUGAGACGCCUGCAGCCCAGUGAGGUUUCAUCCGAGGAGGUGAAUAUAAGAAGCAGGACUCCCCAAGAACCCCUUGGUGACUGUGAGGAGGUUCUGUGCUAGUGAUGGUGUUCUCCUAUCAACACACACCCACCCGCAGUCUCCAGUGCUCCUCAGGAGGACAGUGCGCUCCUCAGCUCUUUCUGUGGGUCCUUCAGUUCCCAAGCCCAGCAUCACGGAGCCCCUGAGCCCUUGUCCUGGUCAGAAGCACCUGAACCCUGAGUUCUCUUCUUAGCAGAAGACCAACCAAUGGAAGGGGAAGGGAGAUGAUCCCACCAACACACACACUUAGGUUCAAUCAGUGACACUGGACACAUAAGCCACAGAUGUUUUCUUUCCAUACAAGCAUGUUAGUUCCCCCAACAUAUAUAUAUAUGAAAUAGUCAUGUGCCGCAUAACAACAUUUCAGUCAGCGAUAGACUGCAUAUACAACAGUGGUCCCAUAAGACUAUAAUGGAGUUUAAAAAUUCCUACUGCUAGUGAUAUCAUAGCUGCUUUAACAUCACAACACAUUUCUCACGCGUUUGUGGUGAUGCUGGUACAAACAAGCUACAACGCUGCUAGUCAUAUAAAAAUACAGCACAUACAAUUAUGUACAGUACACUAUACUUGAUAAUGAUAAUAAACAACUAUGUUACUGGUUUA